AUGGGCGCAGUAAAGGUGCCAGUCCCAGGCCCAGCACGGCUAAAGAGAUCGGCUGGCCCAGACGAAUGGCUUGAAGCAGCGAAGAACUGCAAAUACCUUUCAGAAUACCACAUGAAACAACUCUGCGAAAUCGUCAAGGAGUACAUGAUGGAAGAAUCAAACAUCCAACCCGUUUCCACUCCAGUCACGAUUUGUGGCGACAUCCACGGUCAAUUCUACGAUCUACUCGAGUUGUUCAGAGUAGCAGGAGGCAUGCCGAAUGAAUCAGCUCCAGAAACACCCGCCACACCCGCAAACAUCAUCACUGCCGCAGACAUUGAACCCCCUACCACAAUCACGAAUCCCAAGUUGAAAAAGAAGCUCAAGCUUGGAGGUGCAGAACACCCAGACACCCCAAGCGAGAAGAGUAGCGAGGUCAGUGACGCCGAAGAUAUUUCCUCAUCACAACAAUCAGAACCCGAAGACGAGAGAUCAGAGUCGGGAAAUGUCAUUUCGCGCAGACAAGACGCGAAUUUCAUCUUCCUGGGAGACUACGUCGAUCGCGGAUACUUUUCACUCGAAACACUCACACUACUUCUCUGCUUGAAAGCAAAAUACCCGGAAAGAAUCACGCUGGUAAGAGGAAACCACGAAUCCCGCCAGAUCACGCAAGUCUACGGCUUCUACGAGGAAUGCGUUCAGAAAUACGGAAACACCUCGGUCUGGAAGGCCUGUUGCCAGGUCUUCGACUUUAUGACACUCGGAGCAAUUGUUGACGGCAAGAUCUUAUGUGUCCAUGGUGGUCUAUCCCCAGAAAUCCGAACGUUGGACCAGGUCAGGGUUGUGGCUCGAGCUCAAGAGAUUCCUCACGAAGGAGCAUUUUGUGAUCUUGUGUGGUCGGAUCCAGAAGACGUUGAGACCUGGGCUGUGUCACCGCGAGGCGCCGGCUGGUUGUUCGGAGAUAGAGUCAGCCAGGAAUUCUGCCACGUCAACGGACUCAAUCUCAUCGCACGAGCCCAUCAACUGGUGAACGAAGGUUACAAGUACCAUUUCAAGAGCCAGGAUGUGGUCACAGUAUGGAGCGCACCAAACUAUUGCUACAGAUGCGGAAACCUGGCAUCGGUGUGUCACGUUGACGAGGACUUGACGCCGACCUUCAAGCUUUUCAGUGCGGUGAAGGAUGAGCUACGACAUGUUCCGCCAUCCAGGGGCGGGAGAAACGAAUACUUCCUCUAA